GUUAAGGAGCAGUUUUCCUCUCUGGGAUGCUGAGGCUGCUGUUGUGCGCAGUUACGCAAUCCUCCCCCCGCCUGUCCUGACAGCUAUAAACGGAUCAGCGUUUCUCUGCAGCCUCUCAGCUCCUGCAGCCCAACCUGACACCGACCAGCUCUCAGCUUUAACAGACCGGUGACUUCACCCAACUGUGGUCAUCAUGGGAAAAGAGAAGCUUCAUAUCAACAUCGUGGUGAUCGGCCAUGUGGACUCUGGCAAGUCCACCACUACAGGACACCUCAUCUACAAGUGCGGAGGCAUUGACAAGAGAACUAUUGAGAAGUUUGAGAAGGAAGCCGCUGAGAUGGGAAAAGGUUCAUUUAAGUACGCCUGGGUGCUUGACAAGCUGAAGGCAGAGAGGGAGCGUGGCAUUACUAUUGACAUCUCUCUUUGGAAGUUUGAGACCAGCAAGUACUAUGUUACCAUCAUAGAUGCUCCAGGUCACAGGGAUUUCAUCAAGAACAUGAUCACCGGUACUUCCCAGGCCGACUGUGCAGUCCUGAUCGUAGCAGCAGGUGUGGGAGAGUUCGAAGCGGGCAUUUCCAAGAAUGGUCAAACUCGAGAGCACGCUCUAUUGGCUUACACGCUCGGAGUGAAGCAGCUCAUCGUGGGCAUCAACAAGAUGGACUCAACCGAGCCAAACUACAGCCAGAAGCGGUACGAGGAGAUUGUGAAGGAAGUGAGCACCUACAUCAAGAAGAUUGGCUACAACCCAGACACUGUCGCCUUUGUGCCCAUCUCGGGUUGGAAUGGAGACAAUAUGCUUGAGCCGAGCCCAAACAUGACAUGGUUUAAGGGAUGGAAGAUUAAUAGGAAGGAAGGUAGUGCAUCAGGGACCACACUACUAGAGGCCCUGGAUGCUAUUCAGCCCCCAACCCGUCCGACGGACAAACCUCUACGUCUUCCACUGCAGGAUGUCUACAAAAUUGGAGGUAUUGGAACUGUGCCUGUAGGUCGAGUGGAAACGGGAAUACUAAAGCCUGGCAUGGUGGUGACAUUUGCGCCUGUUAACGUGACCACUGAGGUAAAAUCCGUGGAGAUGCACCAUGAGGCACUGUCGGAGGCCCUACCAGGUGACAACGUGGGCUUCAAUGUCAAGAAUGUGUCGGUGAAGGACAUUCGUCGUGGCAACGUGGCUGGAGAUAGCAAGAAUGAUCCUCCGCAGGAAGCUGCCAACUUCACAGCUCAGGUGAUCAUCCUCAACCAUCCUGGCCAGAUCAGUGCUGGUUAUGCUCCUGUGUUGGACUGCCACACUGCCCAUAUUGCCUGCAAGUUUGCAGAGCUUAAAGAAAAGAUUGACCGCCGCUCUGGCAAGAAGCUGGAGGACAACCCUAAAUCUCUCAAAUCUGGAGAUGCUGCCAUCGUUGAUAUGAUUCCUGGCAAACCAAUGUGUGUUGAGAGCUUCUCUGAGUAUCCUCCAUUGGGUCGUUUUGCGGUGCGUGAUAUGCGUCAGACCGUGGCCGUAGGAGUGAUAAAGGGCGUGGAGAAGAAAUUAUCUACCACCGGUAAAAUCACCAAGUCUGCCCAGAAGGCCCAGAGGAUCAAAUGAAUGUUGUGCUGCUCUGCCGACCAAACGGUCUCCCAAGGCAGGACGUCCCGCAUCCAACUCCAUCUUACGAUUGGCCACUUCAACUUAAUAAUCAAAGACUGGUUGAUCAUCACAAUGCAUCGCAAAAGCAUUCGAAGGAAAAAAAAAAAGUUUGAUCUUUGAAUCAACAUAUUGCCGCAA